GUUUAAGCUUUUAGUAAAUAAAUCUAGUAAACCUAGAGAUCUAGAUCUGGUCAAACAAUGAUCUAGACCUGAACUAUUAAUAAAUAAGAUAAAAUGAUAAAUCUAAAUAAAAAAACUAGAUCUAUAGUAAUAAAAUUCUAGAAUACUCUGAAAGACACAAAGAUAAAGGCACAUUCCUCGUCCCAUAUGCUAGGACAAAUUUGUACAAAUACUCCUUCUUCCCUAGUGCUAUUAGAGCAUGGAAUGGGUUGCCUGAGCUAGCCAGGAAAACCAGUGACUUGGCAGAAUUUAAGUCAUUGGUUAAUAUGCAUGACUAAAUGCAUGACGCGUAGGACGUAAUCAUCUUCUUUUUUGAAGUAACGUCUGUAUUAUAUAAGAUAAGAAGAUAAGAUAGCUGGCUGGUAGUCUAUGACUAUAACUAUAGAGUAUAGAGUCUAUAUAAUUAUUAUAAUAUUAUUAUAUAAUACUAGAUUACUAGACUAUAUAUAUCUAUAUAGUACAUAUUAUAGUAUAUACUAUACUAUAUAGACAUUUUAGUAUAUACUUAUAUAGUAUAUAUAUAUAAUAGUUUUAAGCCAUAUUCUUUACAGGCCUGAGAGAAGCUCGACAUUAGUGACUGAAGUUCCUCUUGUGUGUGCGCCACUACCGCUGCAUCAUCCGCUAAUAACAUAUGUCUUACGAGGGUGGUUCUGAUUUUAGUUUUGGCCCUCAGUCUGGCAAUAUUUAGGAGUUUGCCCUCAAAUCUGGAAUGAAGAUAGAUGCCUUCGGUGAAUUUGUCAAACACGUUGUGGAUUAGCAGUAAAAAUAGUAUUCCAAAGAGGGCCAGGAUACAUCCUUGUUUAACUCCGCUGUUUAUACUUAAACUUUCGGAGCUGGCACCGUUGAAUUGCACUGUACCCAUCAUAUUUUAGCGGAAAGAUACAAUUAGAUUUAGUAGCCUGGGUGGACAGCCUAUUAUCUGUAAAGAAUAUGGCUUAACUAUUAGCGUGAAGAAAACAAAUGUUAUGGGACCACCUGCUACAGCACCACCCUCCAUCCUCAUAGACGAUAACAAGCUGGAUGCUGUAAAUGAAUUCUGCUAUGUGGGAUCCACAAUUCAAGAUGACCUGUCUCUAAAAGAGGAGAUAAAAAGGGGAAUAUAUAUAUAUAUUGAUAGAUACAAUGAGAAUGAUGGAAAUAAUGAUGAAUAGAAUAAUAAUACAACUAGGUGUUCAAUCAAAAAUCACAAAUACAGUGUUUACUGCUAGAAUUCAAAAAUCCAUUUCCAAAUAGCACAAUGCUAUGUGUCACAAUAUAUAUAAAAUUAUGCAACUUGCUAAUAAUGCUAGAAACUUGUCAACUUGGUUUCGUAUAUAGACUAAGUCUAAGACUGCUUUAUUGAUCCUUACUGAAAUUUGUUGUGAUUACAAGGACUCUUUUCUCAUAUAAAGACAACACAACAGAAAAAUACACAUAAAUACAACAGACACAACAUAAAGAGUUCAUUCAGCGACUACACCCAGGUAUCUUGGUGCUUUUCAUGUUCCCUGAUCAAUGAGUGGCGGUGAUAGAGUCUGAACGAGUGAGGUACGAACGAGUUCUUGUACCGCUCUGUUCUUGUUUUGAUUGACAGCAGUCGCCCACUUCGCGACGACCUGACAUAGUUCUGAUGGAGCGGGUGGCCGUUGUCUUCCAAAAUUUUUCAAUUUUUCUUAGGCACUUUUGUUCAAAAAGUUCCUUUAAAUGUGGUAAUGUUGUGAGUGUAAUUUUUUAUGCUUUUUUUAUGAUGUUUUCUAGACGUCACAAUAGUUUAGGUGAGGCGUUGCCUUGCCAAAUGUAAGUUAUUCCGUAUGUUAGCAGAUUUUGUAUAGUCGCGCCAUAAAAAGUCUCAAGGAUCUUCUUGUUUAGUUUAAAGCUAUUGAGUUUGUAUAGAAAAAAGAGUCGCUGGGCUGUUUUCUUUGUCAGAGUUCCAAGGUGGUCUUCCCAUGAAAGCUUCCUGUUGAUGAAAACGCCUAGAUAUUUAUAUAUAUAUAUAUAUAUGCCUUUACUUGUUCUAUAGAUGUAGUGUUUAUUUGCAGUUCACGUAUAGUUUGUUUUUUCUUUCUGAAAUCUAUUAUAAGUUCUUUAGUUUUUGUGGCAUUCAGUUCUAGAAAGUUGUCGGGGCACCAUUUUGUAAACUCUUCUAUCAAGCUUCGAUACUGAGUUUCGUCUCCUGAAAUAAGACCGACUAUGGCAGUAUCAUCAGCGAAUUUAAUGAGUUUAACUGAGUCAUAGAUGCUUCCUAUGUCAUUAGUGUAAAGAGUGUACAGUACAGGAGAAAGUACACAACCUUGUGGAGCACCUGUACAUAGUACUCGAGUUGACGAUUUGGUGUUGUUGACUUUAACAUACUGGAGGCGUUGGGUUAAAAAGUUUAGAACCCAUGCUUGUACGUAAGGACUUACAUUUCAGUUACUCAGUUUGUUUAUCAUUUGAUGUGGCUGUAUGGUAUUGAAAGCCAAGGAGAAAUUUACGAAGAGGACUCGUGCAUAUGUUUUGGGUAUAUUGAGAUGCUUAUUAAAUAAAGCUGGUCCAAAAGCAAUAGAAUGGCAUCCUCAGUUCCUCUAGCUGCUUUAUAUGCAAAUUGAUGAGGGUCUAGGCUGUUAUUGACUUUUGCUACAAGUUGUUUUUUAAAAGCAUAUAUUUUUCCAUAUUUUUUAACUAUAGAUUAAUAUGGUUUCCCAAUGUGAUUGGUAUAAUUAGGAACAAAACUAAAAAUUAUAAGCCUUUAAAAAUAGAUCCAAGCUAUACCAUAUGAUCAUUGCUAAUAGACUUGUAAACUAAAUCUUUUUUUUUUCUAGUCACUAGCUCAUUUUAGGUGUCUUAACUGCUCAAUCCUAGUUUCUAGAAGACUACAGAAUCAGAACCAGAUAGUUUCUAAAUAUAGAGCCUAGAACUUACUUCAAACUAAAUGUGGACUUCCAUCACUAAAUUCCUGUUUUGUGAACUAGAUCUAGUUCUAUUAGAGUUUACUAGAGAUAAAAAAAAUUUUCGUUUAUGAUUUAAUAAAUAAUGUAUAGAUCUAGAUCUAGUGCUAUACAGUUUUUCAGAUGCCACAAGUGCCAACAAGUACUGGUUUCAAUUGUUGGAUUAAACAGACAAUGUCUUCUACCGCAGCCUGUGAGGAGAUUCACAAUCCAGGACGCUUCAACAGCUCUACGGCCUUUCUUUUUCAUAGUCCACCCUGACCUUUUUGGUCAAUACCCAACUGAAAGGGCUGUAAAUGAAAAUUCCUUGAAAGUGCUGAAUGAAUAUCUUGCUACUCAUUCCAGUGUGAGCAAAUAUGAAAGCAAGGAAAUCAUUUUCUUCAUUCGCUCUCAGGGUAACAUACAAGAGAUGAAACAGAUUAAGAUAACACUGACCACUACAAGACUCCACGAAACAGUGAAAGGAAUCCUUGUGGCUUGUGGUCUGUCCAUCAGUCACUUGCCGUCUGCGGCAGUCACGGCUGGCACUGAUCGUCCUAUAGAGUGGCAUCCAUCUUAUUAUGCAGCAACAGGCAAAGUUAAUCCUAAGGCCUCAACUAAAAACAAAAAACCUUUGGAGCUAUCAUUAAGGGGAUGGCUGCAGGAAAAUAUAGACAAAUCUCGUAAACUAGAAGAGUCUGUCCGGCACAUUCAGGACGACAUAGAGAGACUACAAGACAAGCUAAAGAAAGACAUCGGCAUAGAUUCCAUACGUUUUGACAGUGUCUGGGGAUUUCAUCACUUCAGGGGUUGUCUGAAAUCUUUCGACAGACUUUACACGACACAUCCCAAGUUUCUACAACAUGUUUUAAAAGGCCAGUCAUUAAUAUUCAGCAAUAGUACUGGAGUUAGUCGGCUGGGAGAAAUAGUUCUUAGUAGUGAAGAUGUACCACAGACAUGGAUCUCUCUUUUACAGACUGUGGCAGCUUAUAAAGCUGUGCUUUCCAGAUUGCCUGUGAUGGAGUCCAAGCUGUCAUCUCUGAUGAACAACAUUCAGGUAGUGAGAAGAGAGAAGCAACAUUACCAUGUGAUGGCAGAGCAGUAUGAGCUUAUGCUGAACAAAAUUUUGAAUUCACUUCGUCGCUGUCAGGAACUUGUCAGCAAUACCUUUGGGAAGAGAGAUCUGUCAAGCCUGCAGCUAGCAGUCGAAGGGGAGUCUAGUCCUUUGAUGUUGUCCUCAUCUGGUCAGUUUCUUAUACCUGCCUCUUGUCCUGGAACUUUGGUUGUGGACUUUAUUUUUAACAAUUCCUUGAAUGCUGUUAGCAUUUUACAAGAUAUUGAAAGGUUUCUUUAUGAAGAAGAACAAAGUAGACAAAAAGCAAUUGAAGAGCUCUGUCUUACUGAUCUUCAAAAAGAUGAGAGUGUCACCCCCUCCCAAAUGACUUCCUGCUGCUCACGUCUGGCUGACCAGUACUGGCGAUUUGGCGUUUCUCUGGCAAAGUCAAGGAUCCGCAUAUCCCACUACUACUCUGUUAUGCAGGAUGGUCAGAUUUGUGUCCCUUGGGACUGGUUAGGAGAUGAUGAUUGAAUGUCUCGAAGCAAUUUUGUGUUGACCCUUUCAUCUAGCUGCUCAUAAACAAAUAGCUCUAGCUAAGCAACUCAUCAACCCACACUGCUUAGUAAAGUAUUCAACAAAUGUUUCAAAGCAAAACUUGUUGCCAGAAGUGAAUUGUAAGACAUGAUCACUUUCUGUGUUAUCUUGAGUUUGCAUUGAAUGUUUCCUGGUGCAGCCUCUUUUAACUCAAAGUGUCUUAUAAGUAAUGGAUUUCUAUUCUUUCCUUGGCCAUACCUACAGUUAUCUACUGCUGACUUAAACUUGAUAUAAUGGGGAUUAUAUUAAUGUCAAAUAUUUACCUUCUUUAGCGCAGUAAGAAAUUACUGUGAUCCACCUCAUGUUGCUUUAAUCUUGAUGUAAAUCACAGAAUUUUGAAUACAUACCUCAAAGUCUUCUUUUUAUUUGUGAUUAAAUGAAAUGUUUUGUGACUUUGUUAGAUAUCACUAGUAAUUAAGUAUGCAUUCACUCUUAGGAUGGUGCUUCUAUUCUAUAACUUGUAGUUAUUUUUUUACUUAGCAAAAUGAUCGAUGUGACAAGUCUCUUUUCUGAACUCUACUUUUCUUAAUUACACCUCUCGGAGUUGAAGCAUGUUUAAGAAUUUUGUUCCACUGAACCAUGAAUGGAAUUUUUUAAAAGCAUUUGAGACCAAUAGCAAAUCCACUGCUGAGGACUUCUUCUUCUUCUUCUAGCCACCUUUAUUGCUGCUGAGCUGUGAGCUCUUUUGCAGAUUGUGCCAAGGAAAAAAGUGUGCUGUUUUCUUCAGUUGUUCAGCACUGCCGUACAGGGUGUUAGUUAUGUUGGGCUGUAGUGGAAGUAGGGUCAGUCUAAGGUGGAUUAGGAAGGGGCAUUCAAAGAGGAUAUGGUUUACGGUUUCAUAAGGAUGGGUGCAGUGUCUGCAAAGGGGGAGUUGUGUAGAGUUUAUUUUGUUCAGGUGGUAAUUUAAUAGUGGUGUGUGUCCUGUUCUUAGUUGGAAAUUGUAGAUUGCUCUUUGCGGGGGAGGAAGUUAAUACUGUCCAGUUUGUUAGGCAUAGUCAUUUCUUUGUACAUGGCUCUACCUGUGUUCACUGCUGAGGACAGACAUAGACGUUAGAUAGAGAACCAAAUUGUUUCUGUCUUAAAAAGAUGAAGAGGCUACUGUAAAUGUAUUUUUUUUUUUAUUUUGGGUAAAACGCAACAAAAAAAUGGACUUUCAAAUUUUAGGAUAUUUUCAAAUAUUUCAUAAAAGGGUUAGAGAUAAUAAUAGAUCUGGCUCAUAAAUUGUGGGUUGGUUUGUAUUUAUUUUUAACAGUAACACAGCUAGCGACUAUGAUGUAAUUAAAAAUAGGAUUUAGUUGAUGGGAUAAUGUCUUGUUAGGCAGUUCUAUUACAGCAAUACACAGUAUUUUUCCAAUAGCGUCUUUCAUAUUCAACUUUCAUCCAGUGUUUAAUUUACAUAAAUGAUUUACCAAAUUGCAUUAGUUCAGGAACAAAAGUCAGAUUAUUUGCAGACGAUUGCAUAAUAUAUAGAACAAUAAAAACAACACAAGACACAGAUAUUUUACAAAGAGAAUUAGAUGAAUUACAGAAAUGGGAAUCAAAUUGGAGCAUGUCUUUCCACCCAGAAAAAUGUCAGUUGUUAAGAGUAACAAAAAAACUAAAACAAAUUAAUUCCACUUAUCUUAUUCAUGGCAAACCAGUAUCACAGACUAAAAACGCAAAAUA